CUGGCACCGCUGUCACCCAACGCCAACUUGCAACCCGCGACGUGACGGCAGCCAGCCUGUCUUCGACCCUGAACACUUGGCCCACCAGUUAAUCUCGCCCGCUACAAGUCAAAGGACUGGAGGGUAGAGAUUGGGAAAAAUGCCAGCACGAGGACUGCCCAACAAUCCCAAUCCUCCGACAUGAGAUGCUAUCCCAUUGACUGCCAGUGUGGGUGCAACUUGAAACGACAACAUGGAUACUAGUAUCCCGGAUCCCGCUUCGCCAGCGGAAUCAGUCUCGUCCUCCCGCAAGCUCCCCAAUGACCUACCGACUUCGCUCGAUGACCGCCGUACGGUGCCUGUGUUUAGUGAGGAAACUGAGAUAUACGAUGGCUGGCAAGGUGCAUCCCAGUAUAUUACGGCGCCUACACCGGCGAAACCGAUCACAUUCGACUUGCAUCUCGACACCCCGGCGUACGACGACGCGGAAACCUACGCCCGAAUCCAAGAUAGCGAUUCGCGCCUGAUGGAAAUGGUAGCGGCGCAGGCGCACCACCGAGAAGAUGGAAGUCCAGGCCAAGAUGAGGACGUGAUCGCCACCGACGAUAGUUUAUCUGUCGAGCAGAAGAAGGAAAUACUCCAAAAGAGUCUUAAUAUGGCGGCGAGUAAUGGCGAAGUGAGCCGCAUACAGAAGCUCGUGGGGGGUAGAGCGAAAGAGUUUGUCGAUGUCAAUCUGCCGGAUGAGGAGGGGACGGUGCCGUUGAUAUAUGCGAGUUGUUUUGGCCAUUAUGAAGUCGUGGCAGCACUCUUGGACGCCGGUGCGGUAGUGGACAAGCAAGACCGAAACCAGUGGAGCGCAUUAAUGUGGGCCAUGACCAACCGGCACAAACAGAUCGCCAAACUCCUUCUCGACCAUGGAGCCAACCCGGACAUCAAGUCGUCUUCGGGGGGCACGGCGCUGGAUUUCCUCCAGCCGGGAUCUGAUCUGUCGCAUUAUCUCCAUGAAAAUGGGUACCAUUUCGGCACUUCGAUUCUAGGAGGAGACGACUUUUAUCAUGAGGGAUUCUCGCAGGAACGGUUUGAAGAGGAAAUGGCGGAGAAUGAAAUGAAACGACGUAUGCUUAUGCAGGAGAGCGCGGCGAAUCUGGAAGUCGAUUUGUCGACGUUGGGGUUCGAUGAACAGCCUGAGUCACCGAUUGAUUUCGAGGCUGAAGAAGAAUUCAUCUGGGACCGCUGUGUAGGCGAUCAAAUGUUUGUGUUUCAGGUGGAUAAGCUGGAUGCCAUUUUCGACCUGAUCAUCACCAAUAUGACGCCGCAACGCUCACCGUCCCAAAAGCCGGUGCCGGCCAAUCUUAUUUUCCUGAUGGCACGAUAUGCACACUAUCAUAUGACGGCGUCUCUGCUUGAUGAAGUUCUGACCAAAGCAAUGGACUUGAUCAACGAUGUUAUCGAGCGCCAUCAGUGGGACAUGACCAUGUUGGCCUUUUGGAUCUCCAAUGCGACAUUGUUGCUCCAUUAUCUCAAAAAGGACGCGGGCCUCGUGGAACCGACGGCCAAAUACCAGCUGGAAUUGGCGGAAUUGAUCAACGAGAUAUAUAUUCUCAUUAUUCGAGAUGCCGAACGACGGAUGAAUAAAGUUCUGGACGUGGCCAUCUUGGAUCAUGAAACGAUUCCGGGACUAGAGGACGUGGCUUUCCAGGGAGAAUGGAAAAUGUUCAAGUCGAAGCCCAAAACGAAAGAAGAUCCACCCGAGAAACGAUUCCGACCACCUUCGCCCAAGCGGCGAGCGCAGACGUCGCCGCGCAAUAUUACGUCCCUCCUCUCUUCCACGUUGUUCGUGCUGGAUUUGUAUGAUGUACAUUCGGUGAUUACGGCGCAGAUUCUGUCGCAGCUACUCUACUGGAUCGGAGCGGAGCUGUUCAACCGGGUCAUGAACACGAAAAAGUAUUUGUCAAGGACCAAAGCCAUGCAAAUCCGCAUGAACGUGUCCGCCAUCGAAGACUGGGCCCGGGCCAACAACCGGCAACCGGAACAUUAUGAGAACGGGUCGACUGUGGCGACGGGCGAAAACACGGUUGACGCGGCACGGCGACAUCUGGCGCCUAUUAUUCAAUUGCUUCAAUGGUUACAAUGUUUCAGCUCGCUGGGCGAAGAUCAUGAGUCGCUAGUGGCGACAUUGGUGCAAUUACAACGGUUGAGUCCGACGCAACUGAUCCAUGCGGUUAAGAAUUAUAGGGCCGAGGUGGGCGAAAAGAGUCUGCCCAAGGCCCAUAUGAAGUUUCUGGUCCAACUUCAGAAGGGCGAGCAGUCGCUUAUUAACAGGAGGCCUUUGACUCCCAUGGUCGAUAGUGGCCCUGGCACGGGCACAGCCACGCCGACGCAGACGCCCGCGCCAGCACAGGAUAAUCAUAACGGAACAGCAGCAGCGGAAACGGAAAAGAAAAAACAACAGAGUCCUACAAGUCCUCAUCAGGACCAAGGAGGCGUCGUCUCCUCUCCGGCAGCGACAGCGAGGGAAGAACCAUUCGACAACGACCCACCUGUGCGUCGGAAUGCGCUGAACCUCGACCAGUCUCUCAUGCUUCCGUUCUCGUUGCCAACUUCGACGGAUAUGCUUAUUACGUAUGGAGCGGGCAUUGGUGGUGUCAAUCGUGAACGGGCGCGGAAGUACAUCCCGACCAUUCCGACUGAUGUUUUGAGUAAAUUGAACCUCGAUGGUGAUGGUGGCGGUGGAGGUUCUGUGGGCGGAAGGCUGCGUGCGGGAAGUGUGGGGACGAUAGGGACUACUGCGCAGGGGUGGGCGAGUAGUGCAUUUUGAGAACUGAGUGAGGAGACAAGAUGAAGCCACUGAAUCCAAACUCGACUGUUGUACAGGGCACCCUGGCCCCAAGGGACAAUGGCUGGCUGCUGGCUGGCUGGUUGAGCAGUCGAGGGACAUGGCAGCUACAUGGAUUAUAGGGAUGGACUCUACUGGACAGGACAGGACUGGACUGCAGUGUCUGGACUGGUUUACCGCGGCAAGAUGCUCUUGAUGAUGGUGAUGUUGAUGUUUGACGAAGUCCAAGAGGAGGCGGCGGCGGCCAUGGACUCUGAAUGCAGGGGAUAGGCUGGGUCGUGGGGCCUCUGCUCGUACAUCCAGUGUGGCCUUGGCCCACUCGUCUUUUGGUACGAAAAAGCACUCGGAUGCAGUGGAAUGUUAUCUGUCUACCUGGGACUACCUUAUGCCUGAUUCCAAGAGCCAUUAAGAGCCAGAAUGGUGCAGACCGUGGCAAUAAUUCAGUAGUACCACACCCG